ACCCAUCCUAUCUUCUUUUUGUUAUCCACACCCGAUCACCACCAUCUCGCUCACCUCAAAACCCACUCAUAACCCAAAACCCCACUAUCUCCAAUGGCCUCCCUCUUAUCCCCCUUCUUCUCCCCCUCCUUCCUCCUCCCCUCCCAUCCUCGAUCUCUCCCUCUCCUUCCCGCUCCGAAAUUCACCAUUCUCCGUAGAAGGACCCAUGGCCGCCUUCUCAUUUCCAACGUCGCCGCUCCUGAUCUCAGCUCCGCCAUGGAGGCCAACAAGGCGCCGGCCGAGGAUAGCCAGCGUCCGGUGUACCCUUUCGCGGCCAUCGUUGGCCAGGAUGAGAUGAAGCUCUGCCUUCUUCUCAACGUGAUAGAUCCCAAGAUUGGUGGCGUCAUGAUCAUGGGCGACCGUGGCACUGGCAAAUCCACCACUGUUCGGUCACUUGUCGACCUCCUUCCUGAAAUCCGUGUCGUAGUUGGCGAUCCUUUCAACUCUGACCCUGACGAUCCUGAAUCCAUGAGUAUGGAGGUUCGCGAGCGUCUCUUGCGUAGCGAGCAGCUUCCUGUUUCUUUCACCAAGAUCACCAUGGUUGACCUUCCGCUUGGUGCCACCGAGGACCGAGUUUGUGGUACUAUUGAUAUUGAGAAGGCCCUUACUGAGGGUGUCAAGGCGUUUGAACCUGGGUUGCUUGCUAAAGCCAAUAGAGGCAUUCUCUAUGUUGACGAAGUGAAUCUCUUGGAUGACCAUUUGGUGGAUGUGCUCUUGGAUUCUGCUGCUUCUGGUUGGAAUACUGUUGAGCGUGAGGGUAUUUCGAUAUCACAUCCUGCUCGGUUCAUCCUUAUUGGGUCUGGAAAUCCGGAGGAAGGUGAGCUCCGGCCGCAGCUUCUCGAUCGGUUUGGAAUGCAUGCGCAGGUUGGGACAGUGAGGGAUGCUGAGCUGAGAGUGAAGAUUGUAGAGGAAAGGUCAAGGUUUGAUAAGGAUUCAAAAGGGUUCCGCGAGUCAUAUAAAGCAGAGCAAGAGAAACUCCAACUGCAGAUUUCGUCUGCUAGAAGUAAUCUUGGUUCUGUUCAGAUUGAUCAUGAUUUACGAGUUAAGAUAUCUAAGGUGUGUGCUGAGCUGAAUGUUGAUGGAUUGAGAGGGGAUAUUGUUACUAACAGGGCCGCAAAGGCUCUGGCGGCUUUGAAAGGAAGGGAUAAAGUCACUGCAGAGGAUAUAGCUACAGUGAUUCCGAAUUGCUUAAGGCAUAGGCUGAGGAAAGACCCAUUGGAGUCAAUCGAUUCGGGGUUGCUUGUUGUGGAGAAGUUCUACGAGGUCUUUAGCUGAACGAUUUUCAGUGACAUAAUGAUGUAAGUUUUAUAAAUUUUAAUUGGUUUAUUUCCUUGAGUUUAUGCUUUUUUUUUUCUUUUUUCCUUUUUUGUACUAUUCAGUUCUUUUCUUUCUCGAAUUGAAUUUCUCGUUUUUUAAGCAUACUCGUGAAAUACUAGUUUUGAGUCAAUUUGAAAUCUAUUGCGUAUAAGCGUUUGUUUC